GGCUCCGCACAGGCGAGCAGCGCCAGCGAGCCCCGCAGCAGCGCGCCCGGCCGCCGAGCCCCGCGACGGAGAUGGCAGAGGCGGAAUUGCACAAGGAAAGGCUGCAAGCCAUAGCAGAAAAAAGAAAGCGGCAGACUGAAAUAGAAGGCAAGCGACAACAGCUUGACGAGCAGAUACUCCUGCUUCAGCAUUCCAAGUCCAAAGUACUUCGGGAAAAAUGGCUGCUGCAGGGUAUACCCGCUGGAACUGCCGAAGAGGAGGAAGCCAGGAGGCGACAGUCUGAGGAGGACGAGUUCAGAGUCAAGCAGCUUGAAGAUAACAUUCAGAGGCUGGAGCAGGAAAUUCAAAUGCUAGAAAGCGAAGAGUCCCAGAUAUCUGCCAAAGAGCAAAUCAUCCUAGAGAAACUAAAGGAGACAGAAAAAUCCUUCAAGGACUUUCAGAAGGGUUUCUCCAAUACGGAUGGAGCUGUGUACGCCAUGGAAAUUAAUGUGGAGAAAGACAAACAAACAGGAGAGACCAAGAUUCUCUCUGCGUCUCCCAUUGGCCCAGAGGGGAUCCGUCAGAAAGGAGUCAAAGUCUAUGAUGAUGGUACCAAAGUAGUGUAUGAGGUGCACUCGGGAGGCACCAUAGUAGAGAACGGAGUGCACAAAUUAAGCGCAAAGGAGGUAGAAGAGCUUAUUCAGAAGGCUGGACAAUCAUGUUUAGGAGGAGGGCACGUGUCAGAAAGGACUGUGACCGCAGACGGGAGCUUCAGUCAUCCUAAAGAACACAUGCUCUGCAAAGAAGCCAAGUUAGAAAUGGUCCAUAAGUCUAGGAAGGAUCACUCUCCUGGGAACCCGGGGCAGCAGGCCCAAGCCCCCAGCACUGAAGGGCCAGAGGCAAACUUGGACCAGCCAGUCACCAUGAUCUUUAUGGGCUACCAAAAUAUCGAGGAUGAAGAGGAGACUAAAAAGGUGCUAGGCUAUGAUGAAACCAUCAAGGCAGAAUUGGUCCUCAUUGAUGAAGAUGAUGAGAAGUCCUUGAGGGAGAAGACAGUGACGGACGUGUCCACGAUUGACGGGAACGCGGCUGAGCUUGUGUCCGGGAGGCCGAUCUCAGACACCACAGAGCCCUCAUCCCCAGAAGGGAAGGAAGAGAGCCUGGCCACAGAGCCAGCCCCAGGACUCGGGUGGGAGAGUGCACAGUUAAAGAGAGAGGAGUCAGCCUCGAAUGCCACAGGAACGUCCACCCCAGACAUGACUGUCAAGAAGCCUCCCCAGCUUUCUGAGGAUGAUACCCGGCUAAAAAACGAGAGAGACAACUGUCGUGCCAACCUCCUGGAGCCUGCUCCCAGCUCUUUCCCUCCAGAUCACAAAAACAUGGAAAUUGAGGUGUCCGUUGCAGAAUGUAAAAGUGUUCCUGGAAUCACCUCCAGCCCGCAUUCUGUGGACCACUCCUCCCCUUUCUAUUCAGCCCCCCAUAAUGGCCUCCUCACUGAUCAUCACGAGUCCCUGGAUAACGAUGUGGCCAGAGAGAUCCGAUAUCUAGACGAGGUGCUGGAGGCCAACUGCUGCGAUUCUGCUGUGGAUGGAACUUACAACGGAACAUCCUCCCCGGAGCCUGGCGCAGCCAUCCCAGUGGGCUGCCUAAGCCCCCCUGCCCACACGGCCCUCCAGCCGGAGCCUGCCGAGGCAGUGGCUGGCAGGCAGGCACCUUGUCACGCUGAGCUCCCUCAAAGCAACUCAGAUCCCAUGGCAGACAGGGAAAGAGCAAACGGCCAUGCCCCUGGCCAGCUCAGAGACACGCUGGGGGAUGGCCUGCAGGCACCCGCAAGCCCCAGCUCCUCAGCCAGCUCACGCUGUCCUUCCCGAGACGGCGAGUUCACACUCACCACACUGAAGAAGGAGGCCAAGUUCGAGCUGCGCGCCUUCCAUGAGGACAAGAAGCCCUCGAAGCUCUUUGAAGAUGAUGAGUGUGAGAAAGAACAAUACUGUGUCCGAAAGGUAAGGCCUUCAGAAGAGAUGCUGGAGCUGGAGAAGGAGAGGAGAGAGCUCAUCCGCAGCCAGGCAGUGAAGAAGAACCCCGGCAUUGCGGCCAAAUGGUGGAAUCCCCCUCAGGAGAAAACCAUCGAGGAGCAGCUGGACGAGGAACAUCUGGAGUCACACAAAAAGUACAAGGAGCGUAAGGAGCGCAGGGCACAGCAGGAGCAGCUGCUGUUGCAGCAACAAUUACAGCAGCAGCAGCAGCAGCAGCAACGGCCCCCACCGCAGCCCUGCCCAGCCCCUGCAUCCUCCUGUGGUCCAAACACGACUGACAAAGCAAAGGAAGACAUCGUCACAGAGCAGAUCGAUUUCUCCACUGCUCGCAAGCAAUUCCAACAGAUGGAGAAUUCCAGGCAAGCAACAGCCAAGGGCCAGAGCACACCUAGGCUGUUCUCCAUUAAGCCUUUCUAUAGGCCCCUGGGGUCAAUUAACUCUGACAAGUCACUGACUAUCACAAGACCAGCUUCUGUUGGGGGACCUCCAGAAGACAGUGGCGCCUCCACAGCCAAGGGGCAGAAAGCCUCCUGUGCCCUGGAGAGCCAGUCCGGGGGAGGAGGCCAGGGCAGCACAGCCCCUCAGGGGAAGGAAGGGCCCUACAGUGAGCCAUCUAAGCGGGGGCCCUUAUCUAAACUGUGGGCAGAGGACGGAGAGUUCACGAGCGCCCGGGCGGUCCUCACCGUGGUCAAGGAUGACGACCAUGGGAUUUUGGAUCAGUUUUCAAGAUCAGUCAAUGUCUCCCUGACCCAAGAGGAGCUCGACUCUGGUUUGGAUGAAUUGUCAGUGAGGUCCCAGGACACCACGGUCCUGGAGACUCUGUCCAAUGAUUUCAGCAUGGAUAACAUCAGUGACAGUGGGGCCUCCAAUGAGACAGCCAACGCCCUCCAGGAAAAUUCACUAGCUGACUUUUCUCUACCCCAGACUCCACAAACUGACAACCCCUCAGAGGGCCGAGGAGAAGGUGUCUCCAAGUCAUUCAGUGACCAUGGUUUCUAUUCCCCUUCGUCCACGCUGGGAGACUCUCUGUCGGUCGAUGACCCUUUGGAGUAUCAGGCUGGUCUCCUGGUGCAGAAUGCCAUUCAACAAGCCAUAGCCGAGCAGGUGGAUAAGGCCGUGCCCAAAUCCAGCAAGGAUGGAGGAGAACAGCAGGGCCCCGAGGCAACUGUGGAGGAAGCUGAAAUUGGGGCUUCCAGCUCUGAGAAGCCUCAGAACAUGUUUGAGCCACCCCAGGUGUCCUCUCCCGUUCAAGAGAAAAGGGACGUAAUACCAAAGAUUCUGCCUGCUGAAGACAGGGCGCUCAGGGAAAGGGGGCCUUCUCAGCCGCUGCCCACUGUGCAGCCCAGUGGCCCAAUCAACAUGGAGGAAACCAGGCCUGAAGGGGGCUAUUUCAGCAAGUAUUCGGAGGCAGCCGAGCUGAGAAGCACAGCCUCCCUCCUGGCCACUCAAGAAUCCGAUGUGAUGGUUGGGCCCUUCAAACUGAGGUCAAGGAAGCAGCGGACUUUGUCCAUGAUUGAAGAAGAGAUCCGGGCAGCUCAGGAAAGGGAAGAAGAACUGAAGAGGCAGAGGCAAGUCCUGCAGAGCACCCCGAGCCCCAGGACCAAGAACGCCCCCUCGCUGCCUUCCAGGGCACCGUGCUACAAAACCACCCCAGGGAAAAUAGAGAAAGUCAAACCUCCUCCAUCCCCCACCACUGAAGGCCCCGGCCCGCAGCCUGACUUAGCCCCCGAAGAGGCUGCCGGAACCCAGCGGCCCAAGAAUCUGAUGCAGACCCUCAUGGAAGACUAUGAGACACACAAAUCUAAAAGGCGCGAGAGAAUGGAUGAUAGUAGUGUCCUUGAGGCCACACGGGUUAAUCGAAGAAAGAGCGCCCUGGCCUUGCGCUGGGAAGCAGGGAUCUAUGCCAACCAGGAGGAAGAAGGCAACGAGUAAACGCUCUCCAACCCAGGGAGCUCCUUUGGUGCUUGGGAUACCAAGAAACCAAGAAAAUCACAACUCACAGCAUUUUAAUGGACUGUUUAUUAAAGUCCACACAAACUCAGCAAUCCUUACGUAGACCAGAAGCAGCAAUACACAAUGAUGAGAAAUAAAACGAAAAGGAAGUCCACUCAUCAGACGCUGACACCCAGGAGUCAAUAGAGAAAGGAUUUGUUUUUUUGUUUUUUUGUUUUUGAUGACUCAAAGAAUCUCAAUGCCUGGGAUUUGGACCAAUCCACAAUUGAUCCAAAAGGACAAAGACUUAACUAGCAAACCAACAUAGCUGCUAAAGGCAGGGCAGAGACCAGCCUCGCCGGAUGGUGAGGAAGAACAGUGGUGACAGGGCCAUUUAGAGAGCUCUAGGGCCCGGGCUCAUGAGUCCACCAGGCCUAGGAGGUCUCUCUGCGCCCGUGUCCCACCUGUCACUCACAGCAUCAGAGGUGUUGUAUUAAUUCCACUUUCUCCAGCAGCCAUAAAACGAUUCGUGUCUCUUCUCCACCCUUGCCGAGAGGAGGCGGUUAGGAUUCCAUUUCCCUUACAUUUACUUGUUUUUAAUCAAUUGGGUACACUACGUGAUUGCGAUUGAUAAAAUCCUUAUUUUUAAGGCAAGAUUUCUUCAUGUUGCAAACACAAUCUCUUCUACGUCCAGAGGCUGAGGAAGGGGGAGAAAGGCAAACCAAAUGGGUGAUUAUAGCUUUAGGAUCAUGUCUGCUUGUAAUACAUUGACUGAUCUGCCAUUCACAAGAACACAUUUUCUCCAUUAUGUUUCUUUAUAGGAAAGUAACUCUAUUUAGUGGGCAACAACUAUUUUUAUGAUGGGAUGGGGGAAUAUAUGUAUAAAAUCUGUACACAUUGAACAGCUUGGUUCAAGAUGGUAGGGGAUAUUUUUAGAGUGGCAAUAAUUGAAAAAAAAGGGGGGGGCGAACUCUGCCUUAGAGAGAUAGACAACGGGAAAUAAAAAAAGGUGUUUAUAACUAUUUUGUACUAUAAAGUUGGCCUUAGCGGGAGGAAGAUCAAUGGAUUGUUUGGGGUCCAUCAAAAUGGAAACAUAGAAGUUCUGAAGGAAGAGGGAGAGAAAGGGAGGGAGGGAGAAAGAAAUGGGACGACAAGAAGGAAGGGAGAGAGAUUAUUUUUGCUGAGCAACCAGUGUUUUUUCAGGGUGAUAAGAAGAAAAAUAUAGAAUAGAAAUUUAAGUGCAGGCUUGGAAUCAGCUACAUACAGAUGGGGUGUGUGUGUGUGUGUGUGUGCCUGUGUGUGUUUGUGUAAGCUGUGUAUGUACUAUGAGUAAGGGUGUGUGUGUGUAUUAAAAUUCCAGAGUGAUCAUGGCACUUGGGUGUACAGUUAAUUCCUCCAAAGCUAUUUGCCAGCUACGGGAGUGAGUGAGAAUUUCUUUUUUAUGAAAAGGGAUAUAAAGGCACCGAGCUGAUGCAGGAUUUGUAAUAUUAAAUUGACCUAACAUGGUAUUUGCAUGAGUCAUGAUGGCAAAGUUUUGGGCGAGUUUUGUAAGCUGGCAUUUAGGCAAGUACCCUAUUUAUUCUCAUGCCUUGUUUUCACGCUUAGUGUAUGAUAGAGGAUGCCAGCUUUAAUCUUUCUGUCAUUCAAAGCAAUAUAAUAAGGGUAUUCAAUAACUGGGUGCCCUCGAUUUCUGGAUGAGAAAAUUUUCAGUUCUGGCCGUGAAGGGAAAAAAACGAAACAAAAACCAGCCUUCUUUUUUUUUCUCCUUGGUUUUAAAA